GAAUUAAACCUAGCUCAGCCAUUUGACCAUCAAACGUUGCGUUUAGUUAGACUAUCAUUUUCUCCGUGCUCUUGUUCUGGGAUUCAGUCACGUUAGGGUUUCUGAGAGUGAGCACUUCGUUUCCGUAAACGAAGGAUUACUGGUUGGCAUUGAUUGAUUGAGAUGGCAGAUGAAGCUAACAGAAAUGCUUUCCUUGAAAUUCAAGGUCGCAUGAUCGAGACUACUGGAAAAUUAAAACAGGUGCAAAACCAGAUGCGUUCUAAGGAAGCAGAAAAGAAGCGUGCUUUUUUGACAUUGGAGGAGCUGAAGCAGGUCCCUGAUGAUUCUAAUGUUUACAAAUCCAUCGGUAUGUUUGUGAUGGAGACCAAGGCAACCUUAAUGAAUGAACAGGAGAACAAGUUCAAGGAUAGUGAAGCUUCAAUUACUGCAUUACAGAGCUCCAAAGAAUACUUGGAAAAGCAAAUGGCAGAAGUGGAAAACAAUUUGAGAGAGCUGCUGCAACAAGAUCCUGGUCUUGCUCGGCAAAUUAUGUCUAUGAAUGUAAUGUAAAGUAGAAACUUUCCAUUAGUGAAAUUAACUUUCCAGUGGCAGGUUUCUAGUGCAUUUGAGCAAAUAGAAAAAUUCGGAAGUUGAGACACUGAGGAUUAGUACUUUCUGCUUCAUGAAUGUUCCAUCCUUCUUGAAAUGCUUGUAAGUUAUCUUGAUUCUUAGAUUGUCAAGUUUAUUCCAUGAUUGGGAAUCCUUAUUAUUGUGUGCAUUUUGGUUACUCAAGCACAAUUUAUUGAUGCUGGAUAGAGAUGUAUAUGUCUCUGCUAUCUCCUUUGUGAUGUGAGAAGGCCCUGCUUCAUUUGGAUGUAACAGAAACCAUUAAAAAUGAACACGGUUUAACUGGCCUUCUUGAAAGCUUAAUUUGUGACAAGAAGGGAACGCUCGAUUUAAUUAGUCAACCUCACACCUACAACGAAAA